AGGCUCCACCUCUCCACCGACUGCCUUCCUCUGAGCUUUUUAGAUGUACAUAAUCCCUGAGUUGACCCAGAAAAUAGGCAGUCGUUUCAAGAUCUGAUGCGGCAGUCUUUGUGCUCCACCGUCCUCCUUCAGCUCGAGCAUGAAGCGUAACCCUGAGGAAUACACACUGUAAGAUUGAAGAGGAGCUUCGCCUUUUGCAGGAGGGGAGAACUGUUCAAAUAGACGAAGCAAAGUCGCGCAACUUUGUGAGAAACGUAGCGGAUACGUGACAGGAGGCAUGGCAGACCAUCUGAUGAUGCCCAUGAAUCACAGCUCAGCGGGCGCCAGUCUCCACGGUUACAGGAUGGGCAUGAAUGGCGGCCUGCAGGCGGGUCACCAGCAGCAUGCCAACCAGCAGGGCAUGCGGGCGCUGCCCAACGGCCAGAUGAUGCACUACGGCGGCGUCCAGGCCAACAUGGAGACCGCCAUGAGGCAGCGGCAGGCCAUGGUGGGCGGACCUAUGAACGGACAGCUGAACGGGGCCCAGAUGGGUCACCACCAGAUGACCUCUGGGAACAUGAUGUAUAACGGGCAGCCCCAGCAGCAGCAGCAGCAGCAGCAGCAUCACCCUCAGCAGCAGCAGCAGCAGCAGCAUCACAUGCACCCACAGCAGCAGCACCAACAGCAGCAGCAGCACCAGCAACAAGCCCAGCACCCGCAGCAGCAGCAGCAAGCCCAGCACCCGCAGCAGCAGCAGCAGCAGCAGCAAGCCCAGCACGCGCAGCAGCAACAACAGUUCAUGAACGGAGGGUUAACGUCCCAGCAGCUCAUGGCCAGCAUGCAGCUGCAAAAACUCAACACCCAGUACCACGGACAUCCACUGGGGCCUAUGGGUGGGAACCACAUGGGGGCCACGACCCAGUACCGCAUGAACCCGGCCCAGCUGGCGAGCAUGCAGCACAUGGCCGGGCCGGCCCUGGCCCUGAACGGCAUGGACGCGGACAUGAUUGACGAGGAGGUUCUGACCUCGCUGGUCAUGGAGCUGGGCCUGGAUCGGGUCCAGGAGCUGCCAGAACUCUUCCUGGGCCAGAAUGAGUUUGACUUCAUCUCAGACUUUGUCAGCAAACAGCAGCCCAGCACCGUUAGUUGCUGAGAGGACCUGAUUUGGUGAAUGGGGCACAAAUGGAGACAUAAGAAUUGUCCAGGGUGGAUGAAGAGUGCUCAUCUCUUCACUUUUUAUUUAGUGAGCACCUCCCUGUACGACUAAGCCCCGGUUGCGGCGCCCGGGUGUACAGAAGAGAACUCUGGAUAUCCACAGGGAACACACAGUCUCACAUGUGCUAGUGGCCAGAGGACGGCUGGCUUUUCAAGGCCGAGCUCCACCUCUCCCAUUUCCUGGACAUGAAUGUAAUAAAGAAAUGCUGAAAUUCUUAAAAGCCACUCUGAACAAUGCUAUGACACUGUGUAGCCUCCUAGCCUGGACUCCAUGACAGUUUACCAGUUAAAAAGGUGUAUUUAUUUAUUCCUAUCUGAGAAAACUGAUAUAAAGAACAACCACCUUCUCCAUUUUUUGGGAACCAAGUGGUUUUAAUGAUUUUUUUUUUUUUCUGAGAGUAGGAUGGGGGAGAAAAUUUAAAUUAAGUUCUCUGCUCAUGAUUUUUUUUUUUUUCUCAUUCUAUUUGGCCUAGUAUUUAAAUAAGCUCAGAUGACAAGGUCAUCCAAAAGAGAGCCUGGAUUUUCUAUCAUAAGUCAGACGCGAUAGAUCUCAUUUGAAUGGGAGCCUCAUCCAGCUUUUAAAAACGGUUCACUUUUGUUAAAGUGCUGCCUUUUUAGAUGUGAUGUUCUCAAAAAAAAAACCUACUGCUUUUACUGUAUGAAGCUGUAUAACUCCAACAUGUCCACACUGUUGUGUUCUAUUGGAGAUGUAGAACCGCCUUAAUCGCGCAGAUUCUUAUUUAUUGGUUGUUUAUAUUGUCCCCUUUUUUGUGGUCAAGAUGGGGGGAUGGUCUUUGUGAAGGGGGUUUUGAGGAUCAAUAAAGAUGGCCUGGAUAGAAAU